AUGUAUUAGGACCAAACUUAUGAAUCAUAUCCGGGAUAUUAAGUAAUUAAUAUAAAAAUUGAGAGAAAGUAAUAAGAUAGCAAAGUGUUAUAUUUAUGUUGUUUACCUUUUUGUUUUUCACGGUGACAGUUCAGGUACACGUAACCUUAGACACAACAACAUCCUAUCUUAUCACAAGAGUCAAUUCCUGUAGCUUUUCACCCACAAGAAGUUUUCUACCUCUCUUUCUCUUCUUCUAUAUGAUUAUUACAUACAAAUAUAGGAAGAAGAGGAAGACUUAAGAAGAAGAAUUCUAAUCAUGGAGCCUAAAUUUAACAAUGACUCGUCAAGUAUAAGAGUGGGGCUACUAGUUCUCAAUGAAAAUUGCUAUCACAAAUUACAAAAUGAUGACAGAAUUGAAGAUAAUAAUAGUACUCCUAUUCUUGGAGUGGAGGAGAAUGGUAUUCAACACUCCAUUUCAGGACCAACCUCUUUUUCAAGAACUUGUUUCAAUGGACUCAAUGCUUUGUCAGGUGUUGGCAUACUUUCAGUACCCUAUGCAUUAGCAUCAGGAGGAUGGUUAAGCUUAAUAUUUCUCUUCAUAAUCGCCAUCUCAACCUAUUACACUGGAUUAUUAAUUCAAAGAUGCAUGGAUAUUGAUCAAACCAUAACAAGUUACCCUGACAUUGGGGAACGUGCAUUUGGAAUUACUGGAAGAAUGCUUGUCUCCACGACGAUGAACGUUGAACUUUACAUGGUCGUAACAGGUUUCUUGAUUUUAGAGGGCGAUAACUUGCAAAACUUAUUCGGAGACAUACAAUUAGUUCAAAUAUUUGGACUUAUAAUUGGUGGAAAACAAUGUUUUGUGAUUAUUAUAAGCUUUGUUAUUCUGCCCACUGUUUGGCUGAACAAUAUGAUCAUCCUUUCUUAUAUAUCUGCCAGUGGAGUGGUGGCAUCUAUUGUAUUACUUGGAUCAAUCUUGUGGGCUGCUGUAUUUGAUGGAAUUGGAUUUCAAGCAAAUGAUGACACUCAAUUUAUAAGUUGGAAAGGAAUGCCAACUGCUAUUAGCCUCUAUGCCUUCUGUUACUGUGCUCAUCCAGUUUUCCCAACCUUAUAUACUUCCAUGAUAAAUCCAAAAAAGUUCUCUAAGGUCAUGUUUGUUUGUUUUCUGCUUUGCACCAUCUGCUAUGCAUCAAUGGCUAUUGUGGGAUAUCUCAUGUUUGGUCCAGGUGUACUUUCCCAAAUAACCUUAAAUCUCCCCACCAAUAAAAUCAGCUCAAAAGUGGCAAUUUACACCACACUAGUCAACCCAAUUGCGAAGUAUGGGUUGAUGAUAAAACCACUAGAAAAUAGUAUUGAAAAUGCAUUUCCAAUCCAAUACAACACAAGGACCUGCAGCCUACUUAUCAGAACAACUUUAGUAAUUAGCACUGUCAUUGUAGCAUUAGCUAUCCCCUUAUUUGGAUAUCUCAUGUCACUUGUUGGAGCAUUUUUGAGUGUUACAGCUUCCCUAGUACUCCCGUGCUUGUGCUUCUUGAAGAUUUCUGGGAUUUAUCGAAGAGUAGGAUUUGAGCAUGUUGUUAUAGUCGGGAUUGUGAUACUAGGCAUAACCAUUAUGGUUAUAGGUACUUACACCUCUGUGUUACAAAUUAUCAGUCAUUUGUAAGUGAAACGUUUCACAAAUUUUCUUACUUAGGUUAGUACGCGCGAGUUUUAUGCCAUUGCACUGCUCAGGAAUUUGAUUGUUAUAUGAGGUGCGAACUACUAGUACUCCAUUUCUAUUUGUUUAUCUUACUUCUCUUUUUAAUA